AUGGUUGUACCGGUGCGCAUCUCACACGCUGAACAUCCGGAGAAGGAGGAAGUGGUGUACGCAUUGCUAGACCCACAGUCGGAUGCGUGCUUCGUCAAGGAGUCUGUUGCCACUCGCAUCUGCGCUAAGGGAGAAGACGUGCUCCUGGAACUCAGAACCAUGGCUGGUGAAACUACCAUGAAGACGACAAGCAUGAAGAACUUGAUCAUUCGACCACUCGACAGUGACACAGAAAUCAAGAUGCCUGCUACCUACUCACGCAAAGACAUACCAGCAGAGCGGCAUCUCAUCCCAAGAGCUGAGACAAUCGACAAGUGGCCGCACCUGAAGACGGUGUCGGAAAAACUGCCGCCCUACUUCCCAGGUGCCGAAGUUGGCCUGUUGGUAGGCAUGAACUGUCCACGCGCGAUCAAACCAAGAGACAUCGUUCAGGGCGAUGAUGAAGAUCCGUGGGCAGUCAAGACGGACCUGGGAUGGAGUGUUGUGGGCCCCGUGCAAGGUGGAUACAAGGAGGACUCAGCAUGCCGCUACGUCAGCGUCACAGUAGAACGACGAGAGCUGUGUCACUUCACCUUCAGAGUACACGCUCAAGAAGUGAAUCUGAUGCAGAUUGCACGAAUGAUGGACACCGACUUCCAAGAGCCUGACGUUGACAAGAAGAUGUCAUAUGAAGACCAGAAGUUCCUGAACCUGAUGGACGAGAAGAUGCAUCAGAGAGAGGAUGGACACUUUGAAGCACCACUGCCUCUCAAAGACCCAGCCUUGCGGUUCCCAAACAACAGACAAGCAGCAGAGCGACGGCUGACAGGACUAAAGAAAAGAUUGAACAGAGAUCCCUCUUUUCGACAUGAAUAUGAGAUGUACAUGGAUGACAUGUUGAAGAGGGGGUUUUCAGAGCCUGUCCCCGAGAACGAGCUGCUCCUUGACAACGGGAAAGUUUGGUAUGUGGCGCACCAUGGAGUCUACCAUCCAAAAAAGAAGAAGUUGAGAGUGGUGUUUGACUGCAGUGACGAGUAUCGAGGCCUCUCUCUGAACAGUCAACUCCUCCAAGGACCUGACCAUGCCAACAACCUCACAGGCGUACUGAUUCGGUUCAGGAAGCAUCCAGUAGUCCUGGGAUGCGAUAUCGAGGGGAUGUAUAAUCAAGUGGGAGUGGAUGCUGAACACAGGAAUCUACUGAGGUUUCUCUGGUGGAAGAAUGGAGACCAGACAUCUGAACCUGCGGAGUAUAGGAUGACAACUCAUUUAUUUGGAGCCACAUCGUCGCCGUCGUGUGCCAUGUACGCACUCAACGCCACUGCAGACAAGUUCGAAGACACUCAUGGCGAAGAGGCUGCUAACUUCAUCCGAAGGAAUUUCUACGUCGACGAUGGCCUGAUCUCCACUCCUGACGCAGACACUGCCAUUCGCCUGGCGAGAAGCACCUCCAGCAUGUGCAGAGAAGGCGGAUUCAGGCUGCACAAAUUCGCAUCGAAUGAUCCGGAGGUGAUGAAGAACAUCCCACCAGAAGACCGGUCGAAGAACCUGCAGAAUGUGGAGCUGGGGAAGGAGAAGCAACCACUCCUCGAACAAGCACUCGGGCUGCUGUGGAAUGCAAGGAAGAACAUCCUCAAGCAGCUCUGCUGCAGUGGUAGCAGCUGGGAUGAUGUCAUCUCAGAAGAUCUGGAAGAGCUGUGGGAGGCAUGGAAGAGCGACACAGAGAAGCUGCCUGAGAUCACAGUUCCCCGUUGCUAUCCAAGAGACUUCGGGAAGGUCAAGCUCUAUGAACUCCACCACUUCUCUGACGCGAGUGUGGAUGGCUGUGCUCAAUGCAGCUACCUGCGAAUGAUAGACGACGAAGGUGUCAUCUCCUCACAGCUGGUAAUGAGCAAAACCAAGGUCACGCCGAAACGACCUGUGACAGUGCCAAGAUUGGAGUUGAUUGCUGCAGUGAUGUCAGCAAGGGCAAGUCGAUUCCUGAGAGAUGAACUGGACAUCAACGAUCUGAAGGAGUAUUUUUGGACGGACAGCAAAGUAGUCCUUGGCUACCUCCUCAACGAAUCCAAGAGGUUCCACGUGUUCGUAGCCAAUAGGAUUCAGCAAGUGCGACUCGCCUCCUCACCCGAGCAGUGGAGGUAUAUCAAGUCAGAAGAGAAUCCGGCUGACCUGGCUUCACGUGGUCUGAGCGUAGAUGAACUCAAGGACAAUGACUUGUGGUGGACCGGCCCAUCUUUCUUCAGAGAGUCAGCUGACCUGCCGGCCGAAGAAGUGACCCAUGAGGUAGAUGAAGAUGAUCCUGAGGUCAAGAAGUCGAAAAGGGUCCUCGUCACACACGCCGACGCGGAUCCAGUGAGUUACGAUGGACUCCCGAAAAGACUUGAAAGAUUUUCGAGCUGGUUCAGAGCGAAGAAAUCACUCGCCAUCUGUCUGAGGUACGUACGAGUUCUUCGGAGAAGGAUGAUGGAGCGGCUUCGUCUUCAGCAGGGCCAAGUGAGCGAAGAAGUCGAUGCUUCCCUGACUGAUGCACCGAUCACUGCCGCUGAAAUGAAGGAGGCGGAACGAAUCAUCAUCAAGUCAGUCCAAAAUGAUGCAUUCAAGAAGGAGCUGAAGACAGCGGCAGAAAAGAAGGUGACUGGAAAACAGAGUGACCUACACCGACUAGACCCAGGACCAGUGGUACGAUUGUACUGCGACAACGGAACAAACUUCGUUGGAGGAAGAAGAGAGCUGGAGACGGCUCUGGACGAGCUGAGUAUGGACAAGCUUCGGCGUGAGCUGCUGAAAGAUGAGUGUGACCUGGUGGAGUUCCGGAUGAACCCGCCGCGCUCAAGUCACAUGGGAGGCAUCUGGGAGCGGCAAAUCAGAUGGAGGAGAGAGGUGCUACCGACGCUGCAGGAACGUAGGAAAUGGACUCGCGCCGUACCGAACAUCGAAGAGGGCGACAUCGUCCUGGUCGCCGACGACAGCGUUCCAAGGAAUAGCUGGCCGCUGGGACGUGUCAUCAAGACGUACCCCAGUGCAGACCGCCUCGUGCGGAGUGUGCAGAUCCGGCUGGGCAAGGACGGUGCAGUGUACGACAGGCCCAUUCACUGCCUCGUGCCAAUGGUAAAGGCAGAUAGCCGGAAGUGA